AUGUUCAACAGCAGUAGCUCACACUUGUAUACUACUUCUCCGCCAAGCUUCCAGCGUCCUCCCAGGACUGCUGCUGUUCGCACUGGUUCAUCUUCAUCGUCAUCGUCAUCGUCAUCAUCAUCAUCGCCACGCGUCCCUAUUUCCAAAACAGCAGCAUACUCGUGGUUGCAACAGCCCAAAUCAGAACCGAUCGAAAAUGAACCGGCAACGCACGACCAACAGCAGCAGCAGCCAAGCAUCAUGGCACUGUCGCUCCUGACUCGGAAUGGUUCGUCGUCGUCGUCUUCGUCGUUGAAUUCGUCCGCGUCGUCGGAUAGUUUCUCCGCAGAUAUUUAUAUUAAUAACAUCGACAAGCCUACCUCUGAUGGACCGGCCAAUACCGUCGUUCAGGGAAAAAACAGCUACAACAGGAUAUGGAACCCGGAGACGUGA